CGGGGCCAGCGGGCUUUUCGGCGGGAAGCGAACAUGGCGGCGGUUGCCAUGGAGGUGGCCGGGCCUGAGAAGCCUCUGCAAGAGGAGAAGCCGCGGGGAGGCGCCGCCGCCUCUUCCUCCGCGGGGAGCAGCACUUAUGAAUUGCCCUGGGUUGAAAAAUACAGACCUGUAAAGCUGUCUGAAAUUGUUGGGAAUGAAGACACCGUCAGCAGACUGGAGGUCUUUGCGAGGGAAGGAAAUGUCCCAAAUAUUAUUAUCGCAGGUCCUCCAGGAACUGGGAAAACCACCAGCAUCCUCUGUCUGGCACGUGCCCUACUGGGGCCUGCAUUGAAAGAAGCUGUCCUGGAGCUGAAUGCGUCAAAUGACAGAGGCAUUGAUGUUGUGAGGAACAAAAUCAAGAUGUUUGCUCAGCAGAAGGUGACGCUUCCAAAAGGCCGGCAUAAAAUCAUCAUAUUGGAUGAAGCUGACAGCAUGACGGAUGGAGCCCAGCAAGCCCUGAGACGGACGAUGGAAAUUUAUUCCAAAACAACUCGCUUUGCUCUUGCUUGCAAUGCUUCCGAUAAAAUCAUAGAACCCAUCCAGUCUCGCUGUGCGGUGCUCCGCUACACCAAGCUGACGGACGCUCAAAUCCUUGCCAGGCUGAUGAAAAUUGUCGAGAAGGAGAACGUGCAAUAUACAGACGAUGGGCUAGAAGCCAUUAUCUUCACGGCCCAGGGGGACAUGAGGCAGGCGCUGAACAACUUGCAGUCUACCCAUUCUGGAUUUGGCUUUGUCAACAGUGAGAACGUAUUCAAGGUGUGUGAUGAGCCCCACCCUUUGCUGGUGAAGGAGAUGAUUGGCCACUGCAUCAGCGCCAAUAUCGAUGAAGCAUACAAGAUCCUGUCACACUUGUGGAGGCUUGGCUAUUCUGCUGAAGACAUCAUCGGUAACAUCUUCAGAGUGUGUAAAACCUACCAGAUGGCCGAGUAUUUGAAGCUGGAGUUCAUCAAGGAAAUCGGCUAUACACACAUGAAGAUAGCGGAAGGAGUCAACUCGCUCUUACAGAUGGCAGGACUGCUAGCCCGGCUUUGUCAGAAGACAGCGGUUCCUACAGCGAGCUGAAGCCAUGGAUGAGAGAUGGACCUUGUGAGGAGGGGAAACUGCAAGUGAACCAACCUGUUUGUAUAAGAGGUGUGGGCAUUUGGAGUUGCACUUGGUGAUUUGGAUACAGUUGUCAAAAAUGUUUGUGUGAACACAUGUGAGUUGUAGGGAUUUUUUUUUUUAACCACUUCAGACCGAAAUAAAGUUUGAUAUAAAGCUGAA